AUGCGUGAAGUUUCCGAUACCCUCUGGAAUUUUCACCUUACGUGGAGAUCAAAGAUGACGAGAUCAUGUUUCCUCCGCGAGCGCAAGCUCCGCACCGCGUCGUCCUGUAUGAUAACCGAGCCAGUAUCGGACGACGAAACCGACGAGUCCAACGCAAUAAAACGAGCCGGCGACGCAGAAUGCAGAUCCCCCGAUCCAUCGGCAAAGGAACUCCGAGCCCGCCUGGAAAUCCGACUUAAGGUCCAGCUUUGGCACUAA